AUGGGCAUUUCUUCAGAAAUUGCAGCAGCUACGAUUGUUUGGCUGUGCCUGUGGAGUGUUGCUGACAGUGUUCUUAACACGAACAUCACUACCGUUCUGUGCAACGUUGGUGGGUACACCUCAGGUGAUCCUUUUGCUGUCAGUUUAUCAUAUGUUGUUGGAGAAUUGGAGAGAGAGACUCCAACGCAGAAAAAUUACGAUUACUACAAUAUUUCUCCAUAUCCUAAUGCCUUUGCCUACGGACAUGCCGCUUGCAACCUAAAUCUCACAACCUCUGACUGCCAAACCUGUCUUGGUGUUGCCAAAACGGCCAUGUUCAACGCAUGUCCCAAACGGAUAGGAGCUCGCUCGGUGUUAGAUCACAUAGACAUAAUUAAGUUAACUCGGGAAGUUAAAAAGAAAGUAGCUAAGAACAUGAAAGAGCUUCCAAAUAGUCAAAAUACUUUGGUAAUACCAGCUCCUGCUGAUACCGUCAAUUUGCAAAAGGUUCAAAGCAAGAAAACUUCAAAUCUCGCAAUGGAGCUGUCUUUGAUAUUUACUUUAUUUUGGAAUCUUGUGUUACAUAAGAGGAGUGCCAAAGCUGAUAAUAUGCUGCUAGAUCAACAUUAG